CAAUUGUCAAACGAAGACUACGAAGUGUGGUUGUAAACAAAUUUCGGAAGGACGAUUUCGACAGUUAUCAGGUUUCAGAGCGUAGCUUUCUCAGAUUUCCUGCAUUAUUUGGGCUCUUUUCCUAAAACAUUAUGAUAUUCAGCAGCUGUCGUACGCGAACUAUGCUACUAAUGCAAAGAUGUUACAUCAGACAGGUCAACAGUCAAAGAUGUUUCGGUUUCACCACAUUCAUCUCAAAAGCUGCCAGGAAAACAUUGCCAAUUAGAAACAAGCUUGCUCAACUUCGCAAAUGGUACACAACACAAAACACAACCGACGCUAUUCAAAAUGAACGAACUAGAAAAAUUAUAGGUUAUUGGUUGCUUGGAUGCAGUGGUAUGGUAUAUGGUGCUGUCAUGUUGGGUGGUGUGACAAGGUUGACAGAAUCUGGUCUUUCCAUGGUUGACUGGCAUCUUAUUAAAGGAAUGAAGCCACCAAGAAGUCAGCAAGAAUGGGAAGAAGAGUUCAAGAAAUAUCAAAACUUUCCUGAGUACAAAUAUUUAAAUGAAGGAAUGACAUUAUCAGAAUUCAAGAGAAUAUUUUACAUGGAAUACGCACACAGAAUGUGGGGUCGUUCAAUUGGCGCUGUUUUCUUUCUACCUGCUGUUUUUUUUGCGUACAAGGGAUGGGUCUCAAAAUCGUUACGGCCCAGGCUGUUUAUUUAUGGAGGAUUGUUAGCAUUCCAGGGCCUACUUGGCUGGUAUAUGGUGAAAAGUGGUUUGGAUGAGGAGAAAAUAAGCAAAACUCAGAUACCCCGUGUUAGUCAAUACCGUCUGGCAGCCCAUCUUGGAUCAGCAUUUGCACUUUAUUCAUUGAUGUUCUGGCAGGCGUUAACUCAUCUUGUUCCAGCACAGCAGCUUGCAAACACGAAGAAUCUAAAACGUCUUCGCAUAUACACACAUGGCGCCCUUACGCUUGUUUUCCUUACAGCUUUGUCAGGCGCAUUUGUAGCAGGUUUAGAUGCAGGCUUGGUUUAUAAUUCAUUUCCAAAGUUUGCUGAUCGCUGGAUUCCAGACGAUCUGAUGGUGAUGAAACCUAAGAUUAAGAACUUCUUUGAAAACGCAACAACAGUGCAAUUCGAUCAUCGUAUUCUGGGUAUGGUAACACUGUCUGCUGUGGUCGGUCUCUGGGCACUGGCUAGACCUGUGGAUCUACCACGUCGAGCUAGGCUUGCAGUUAACAGUACCCUUGCAAUGGCUGGAGUGCAGGUGCUGCUCGGAAUAUCAACCUUGCUAUAUUAUGUUCCAGUUCCUCUGGCCGCGCUACAUCAAUCAGGCUCCUUAGCUCUCCUCACAUUUACUCUCUGGUUUGGACACGAAAUUAAAAAGAACAAGCUGUUGCCGAAAAUUUAAGUUAAAGAGACAAUAACAGCGGUGUUUGACUGAAUAAGGAACUCUUAUUGUGUAGUUACAAAGAAAAAAAAAUAAUAACAUGACCUCAUAAAUAAAACUUAUAGUGUUAAGGCAUUUGACGAAAAUUAUCAUCCUAAUAACCAAAUACCGCAAAUUUUAGCGUUGUAAAAAAAUUAAUGGAAUUGUCAAAGCUCAUAUGAACGUUUCAGACUCUCGUUUCCUGUUGCGAAUUAAACUUAAAAGCUACAAAAACAAAUAUAUUGAGAAA